AAACCGGAACACGUUUUCUGGACGGACGAAAAUUGAAAUUUGGUAGACCCAGACAUAGAUGUGAAGAUGCAGACAGAGAGUGAUAUUGCCGACAAUGACAUCAUUCCGCAAGCGUUUACCGUUGAUGAUAAUGAUGACAAUUUUGAUUUGAACAUACCCCCAACUACGGGAAACGAAUAUCUCAGACGGGUCAGACAAGAGGCUCGGGAAUGUUCCCAAGUGGUAGUGGCCCCUAUUGAUGGCAAGGCAUUUAGCAGUAAACAGACAGUCAAGUAUAAAGAGCCAUCCAGCUGUAUCCCUGCUCCUCGGGGACUGGCACCCUCACCAGCCUGGGAGAAGAUGCAAGUUGCUGACUUUGCAGAACUGAGACAGAAAUUGCUUAGAUUCCGAGCUAUGUUAAAUUCCGGAGAAUUAAAUGUGAAGAAACCAACCCUGCCCUCAUCUAAUGAUGCAGAGAGCUGGUGCCGCUUGUGUUUCGAUCGACUGAAAAUCAGAUCAGUUUUGAGUAGCAGCCAGGAGGAGGGCAUGGAAGCCAUGGUUGAAGGAGAGAUGCCAGCGGGAGUCUACAAGGACCAGCCUGCAGCACCAUCGCAGACCUCUAUGCAAGGGACACCACCCUUGCUCAGCAUCGUCCUCUACAUGGAUCAGACCACGGUGAUCAAAGUAUUAGAAUUCCAUGUGAACUGGCUUGAGGCUACCGGCUUCACCACACACCAGGGUCGAUGGUUCUACGCCUUGCUGGCUAGUCUACAGAAGCCCUUGCUGCCCGAGGCGUGCUCUGUCAUCAGGGACUUGGCUCGGCUCUGCUCCAACCUCAGAGCUACUCUGGUCAGUCAAGAAGACCCAAAGUUGCUGGAACUUAAUUUGCUGAUAUGUCUUGUGGCCAAAUACUUCGAACAAAAUGACCUGGCAUAGACUGUCGAAUACUGAACUGGACAGGAGUACCAUAUUUACUACAAGGUUGACAUAACGACCUACCAGAGACUGUUUUUGUUGAAACUAAACAGAACUAAAAGUAUAUUUACAACAUCCUUGACAAAACGUUGACAAAAUGAGUAUUUUUGUUGAAACUGGACACAAGUACAACUAUAUUUACUUCAUGGUUGACGAAACAACCCACCAGAGGUUGUUUUGUUGAAUUUUGACAUUAGUAAAUGUAUGUUUACAACAUCUUUGACAAACGACCUACCAGAGACAGAUUCUGUGUAACCUGGACGGACAUAUACACGUUUACAAGAUGGUUGUAUGCUGGUUUGAACGCCCAUUGCUGUCAGUGAUGACUGAGAUGAGCAAAUCGAAGUAAUGUAAUAUAGAUCUUUAAGAUCAUAGGCCUUAUGUUACCUUUUUGAAGUGCCAUAAUGGAUACCUUGAUUCAGAGGUUAAUUUUGUGUUGUAUCUCAGCUGACCAUCGCUGUACACUUGUGUUCACGUCCAUGUUAUAUCAUUUACUGGAGGUUAUUGUGUAACUGUAGUGUUUCAGCUUUAAGGAUGCCCACUGGUCCAUAAUAGGAAGGCAUGACGUCGUAUCCCAGUUGUGUAUAUCCAUGCUCAUGCUGUUGAUCACUGGAUUGUCUUGUCCAGACUCAAUUAUUUACUGACCACCACCAUAUAGCUAGAAUAUUGCUGAGUGCCGCGUUAAACAAAUCAACCUCAAUAUUGCUGAGAAAAUAUUAAAAUUGUUAUGAUUUAUUUGAGUUUCCAAAUGGAAAAGUUUGCGUGCAUUUUGUUAAGUUUCACACUUUUUAAUUCAUGCAUAAGAUUCACAAUGUUCUAUCCUGGCAUACAAGCACCAGUCUCAUUAUGACAGGUGGACUUCAGCUGGACUUCAGCUGUCAUUAGAAAACUCCCAUACAUAAUUGUUUCCAAUCCAAAUUGAGAGUGUCUAAUGUCAUUGAUUGUCCAAUCAAAUUCAAGUAUUUCAUGUAGUCAUGGUAGAAUUCCUCCCUGGUACAAUUCCCCCAGCGGACAUCCCAGAGCAACACUCAGUCACAGAGAAUCAUUGGUUAAAAAAGAUCCAGGUUGAAUUACUUUUUGUUGUUGUUUUUUUACCUUAUCAAAUAAGGACUUAAGAAGUAGUUGCUGUAGAUGUGCUUAAAUGUUGAUGUCAAAUGUUGAUCAUGAUGUCAGCUAUUUUCAUAAUAACCAUUGUACAAGGCAGACACUGUAUUUCAUGUGUUUGGUUAUCUGGUGCAUAAAGAGUUGCUUCCCUUUACUAUGUACGGGGCCUGGCCUUGAGCGAGAUGUGGAGCAUUUCAAAUUGUUGUGUCUGUUUUUGAAUAAAGUGCUCAGAUAUA